GUUCCACUUCUGACAACAUGAGCUGCUACUAUGGCAACUACUAUAGUGGGCUGGGCUAUGGCUAUGGUGGCCUAGGCUGUGGCUAUGGCUGUGGCUAUGGUUGUUAUGGCUAUGGUGGCUAUGGUUAUGGAUGCUGCCGCCCACUCUGCUACAGAAGAUACUAUUCCUAUGGCUUCUACUGAGGCUUUUCCUCAGCUCCUGAGCCUAUUGGCUGUCACAUCCUGUCUUACUUGAAUCAUCUCCAACUUUCUUCACAUGAAAAAUGUUAAAUGUCUUCAACAUACCAACUGUCCACCAAACUGUCUGAUAAAAAUGAAUGAAAUCAGCUACCUGUUUUGAUUCAUUCUUAUCUCUUGGACUGAAUGAUAGUUUGGAGAAAAUUUUUUUAA